UGCUCGAAUAUAUAAAGAAAGCUAAAUAGUAACGUUUUCUAUCGUUGUUUAUAUACCUAGCCGAUACAACUUCUCAGUACGACAAUUUAGAAUGUGCAUUUUUCCAGAAAGUGCUGGUACCUGAUACUACAAGAGACUCCGACCACAAAGAAAGGUACCGUGCGCCGCCAAACCCACCACAUUUUUUUUUUCUUUUUUACUUUAAAGUCAAUCCAAAUGUACGGAGACGAACGCGAAGAAACAUUACGUGAAGUGUCUGCCCUGGGCAACGCACAUGCUGUACACCAUUUCACCAAAGCCGGCGUCAAUCUUAACUCCCGAAACAAAAUGAACGGCUGGACCGCAUUGCACUGGGCUGCUCAUAGAGGCCAUGAAAAGGUAGUACGUCUAUUGCUUGCUAACGGAGCCGAUCCCAAUGUCAAGACGAACAAGGGCCAAACUGCGUUUCAUUUGACAAAGGAUCCAGCUAUCCAAAAUCUAUUGGAUGGUGAUACGAGUGCAAAACAAGAACAAGAAGGGUCUGCAGCAGCAGCUGCUGCUGCUGUUGGACCGGAACCUGCAUUGCCUAUUGUCCCCACGUACAUGAAGGAACCCGAUCUGGAAAAGUCAUGGUUACAUCCAGACGAGUUCUCGGAAGCUAAAAUCGAAAAUGUCGUUCGAAGACAUAUGGCAUCACAACAGCAAGAUGAACCCUCUACUACUACUACUACUACUACUACUACUGCUGCUGCUACUACUACUGCGUCUACCCCGCAAGUGCCUAAUGACAGCAAAGACGAAGAAAAGGAAAUUCUGGUAUACCUCGGAUCAAAGAUGGAUGAAAACAUAGUAGGCUCAGUGUUCCUGAAGAACGAAUCCAUCGAAUCUUCUGUCAAGGCUAUUCAAGAGGAAUUGGAUGGGUUACCUGAAAACUUCAGCUUGGCACGCAACAAUGGCAAGGUGACGAUUCCCAUUAACACAAAGCAGAUGGAUAAGCGGUUACUCGAUAUAUUCCGUGGCGAUCAAGAUGUUUUGGUUGUCGUGCCAAAAUAAAAUUCUAUUUUUAUAUCUCCCCGCGCAUCACCUCUUCUUUUUCUUUUUCCCUCCCUUUACACGACAACGCAUAGCUUACAUACGUUCAACACCACUUGCUUUUAUAUACAUAUAUAAUAAACACGUUCUUUCUCAAUGCAGGAACCUGAGCGAUUCAUUCCACUGCUUUCAACAACGGGACAAAUACCGAUCGAUGGUGCCCGAAUUAUCAAUGUCACCCAUCAAAUCCCUUUCGAAAUCACCCAAACCGGGACGACAUGGUCAUUGGCGCCACGGAGGGGACACGGUGCAAUGUAUGCCGGGAUUGAAUCCUUACGAAACGAAUGGGAAACUGUACACAUUGGCUGGACAGGACAGAUUUACAAACAAGUGACAGCAGAGGAAGAUAUGACG